UUCUUUUUCACCAGGAAGUAAACGCGUUACCUUGCACAUUGUUUCUGUCUAUAUCUUAAAACUUUACUUGAAAUUUUACUUAAACAUGAAUCUUGCGUGCGGGAGAUAUUUGAAGAUGAUGAUUCAGAGAGAUUAAAAGAGAUCCCAUUUAAUUGUGGCAUUAGCAUUUGCUUAGUUUGUUCACAAACAGUCAGUGAAGUACAUUGUCACAUGGAAACAUGUUUUCAUUCCAACUAAUGGAUUUUGGGACGUUGCACAGCAUCGCAUUUGUUAUACGUUUAUUUUUGGUAGGUUUUGGGAUUUAUCAGGAUAAAACCAUGGUGGUCAAAUACACUGACAUCGACUAUCACGUCUUUACAGACGCAUCCAGACUUGUAACGCAGGGCGAGUCUCCGUACAACAGGUCCACCUACCGAUAUACACCACUCCUGGCGUGGAUGUUAUCACCUAGCAUCUACUUGACCCCUCAUUUUGGGAAGCUGCUGUUUGUGAUUUGUGAUGUGCUCUCUGGUGUCCUCUUAUAUCACAUAUUGACUCUCCGAGGUUUAUCCAGUAAUGCAGCCUGUCGUUUCUCAGCUCUCUGGCUUCUGAAUCCUUUACCCAUUGGUGUAUCAACACGUGGGAAUGCUGAAGCACUUCUGGCUAUUUUGGUUCUGUCCACUCUCCUGUGUUUACAACUGAAGAGACAUUUUACAGCAGCAUUGCUCUACGGCCUCUCUGUCCAUAUGAAAAUAUAUACAGUGAUAUAUGCCCUUCCCAUCGGCCUGUUUAUAUCCAAUCACAAGGAAUUGAAGAAGCACUACAGAGGAAUUUUUAGGGCUAUCCAAAGCCUUUUCAGUAAGGAUCUGGCUCUAUUUGCUAUCAUUGCAGGAGCUGUGUUUCUUGGUCUGACUUUGGCAUUUUAUUGCAUGUAUGGCUGGGAUUUCCUCCAAGAAACCUACUUCUACCACUUAACAAGGCGGGACAUUCGUCAUAAUUUCUCCCCAUACUUCUACAUGUUUUACUUAACAGUGGAGAGUGAAUGGAGCUUCAUUUUGGGUCUAGUGGCCUUUUUUCCCCAGGUUAUACUGUUAUUCCUUACGUCUCUCGCCUUCUAUGCUGACUUGCCUCUCUGCUGCUUCCUCAACACAGCCCUUUUUGUCAGCUUCAACAAAGUCUGCACCUCUCAGUAUUUUCUAUGGUACCUGUGUUUACUGCCUCUGGUCCUGCCACACCUGAGACUCACAGUAAAGCAAGGAAUUGGGCUACUGCUGUUGUGGUUCACUGGCCAGGGCUUGUGGUUGGCACCAGCUUACUACCUGGAAUUUGAAGGAUGCAACACAUUUAUGUAUAUAUGGUUUGCUGGCCUGCUGUUCCUCAUCAUCAACUCAGUGGUCAUGGUCCAGAUAAUUAACAAUUACAUACCAAAGACAGUUGUUCAACAAAAACAGAAAAUGAAAUAAACACUGGAUUGAAAAUAAAUGAAUAAAUGUACAAAACAUUAAAAAUGUAUGGUUAUUUUCUUACUUCUGCCUCUAUUGUCUGUCAAAAAUGUCAUCAAACAGUAUAAUAAAGCGGGUACUUUUUAAUUA